CUUGACUGGCAGUUUUUAACUCUGGAGCACACAUGUAACAGAAAGCCAGGUUAAGCCGACUGAAAACAAUCAUGCCGAUCCCACUGCUGAAUGCCUUCUCCCUCCUCACGGUCUUUCUCAACCGCGUGCUUGCUCUGGUGGACCGAGCCGUCCACUAUGCCACCGGAUAUGUGCUCUACUACUGCUUCAAGGGGCUGAAGCCGCAGACUCACACGCGCCCGCACAAGACCAAGGAUGGCCGCUUCUACUCGCCGGCGGUCGUGAUCACGGGCGCCAGCGAGGGUGAGAGAGCCUUGCUCGGCCUCGUCUCCCAUUGACUACGUCCAACAUGACCAACUGACUGCCACAGGCAUCGGCCUCGCCACGGCCAUCUACCUCGCGUCCAAGGGCUACACCGUCUUCGCCACGGCCCCCGACGAGACGGAGCUCUCCAAGAUCAGAGAGGCGGCCGACCGGACCAACGCGGCCAACGCGGGCAAGACGGGCGGCGCGAUCCACCCGGCCGUCAUGGACGUGCUCUCGACGGACUCGAUCGCGCACUGCGCGUCGCACAUCGAGUCGGUGCUGGGCGGCGACCGGGACCGGCCGCUCGUCGGCGUCGUCAACAACGCGGGCUACUGCAUGAUCGCGCCCAUGGAGCUGACGCCCGACGCCGACGUGCGCCGCAUCUUCGAGCUGGACUUCUGGGCCUACGUCGCCGUCAUCCGCACCUUCCUGCCGCUCAUCAAGCGCAACAAGGGCCGCUUCGUCAACGUCGGCAGCUACGGCGGCUACGUGAACCCGCCCCUGUGGGCGCCGUACUGCGCGCUCAAGGCGGCCAUCGAGGGGAUGACGAGGGCCUGGAGGCUUGAGCUGAUGCCCUUUGGUGUUGGUAGGUGGCCUUGAAGCGGAGUUUGGCGGGCAUGUGAAGCGGCGCUGACGUUGGGACAGGUAUGACAACGAUCCGUCCGGGCUGGACGAGGACCGGAGGCGCUGGUCCCAAGGUGAGCGCCGCCUGGGACCAGUACUGGGACAACGUCUCAAAGGGCGCCGUCGGCGUCGACAGCUUUGGCAGGAUCGUCAGGGCCGACGGGCCUGUUCCGGAGGCCGAGGAGAGGGUGUACCGGCGCAUGUCGCCGUGGAAGGCGCU